AUGAAGUAUAUGGCAAAGGGGGCGCUUGCGAAAUUGCUUGAGUCAGAGGUUACUGGGGGGAAUAUUAAUGCCUGUUGUCGCAUACUUCGUCGCAUCUUCAGUGAGACAGUGGAGGAUGCACAACCGACUGGGUUCAGCGUAGGGCGAUCAGCUCUUCUUAGCGAUGUCGUAGCAUUAGGCAAGGCGAGUCUCGCAGCUGACAGAUCGCACGUGCGUUCUCCGUCCGUUGCGGUGCUAUGCCACGUCUCUCAACGGCUUGGUGAUUGGUGUAGCGCACUUGACUUUGCACGGCUACUACCAAAUUUACCAUCACCAUCGUUCUUGUCUUCACUCCUUCAACCGAACAAUUGCGCUGCGGUGCUUCGGUUCUGCGAGACACGGGGUUGGGCGCUUGACGUUCCGCACGCAACUCGUGUGUUGGCUGAGCGCCAUGGAAGUUGGACCUCGGCACUCGAUGUGGCGGAGGCGAUGGAGCGACACUGUGGUAUGGGUGAGCGGUACUCCUUGGGAGUUUUGAUUCCGUACCUUGCUGCUAGCGGGUGCUGGAGGAAGGCUGUAAGGAUGUUUUUUGAUGGUAUUGCGCAGGGUUCUUUGGUUGACCCUAGAUUUGUAGGCGACCUCGUAUAUCGCACGGUGAGGUUGAAACAAUGGCAGACAGCUUUCUACAUGUUAGGGGCUAUCGAGAAGACGCGAGAGGCCGCAGACUUCUGCCCUUCAGAUGAAAAUUUCUUUAGGGACAUAAUCACAGUGUCGCCGAGUUGGCGGUCGUCCCUCUCUAUUCUUCACCUUGCAAUUGGCUCUGGCGUGAAGCCAGAUAAGUCCAUAGUGAGCCUUUUGUUAGGACAGUGCGAAGAGGCAAAUGUGUGGCUUACAGCAAUCAAGGUAUAUGACACUGCCGUCAGAGAAGGCUUUUUAAGCAGUAUUGAAGGCGAUUCCUAUCAGACACUUAUUCGCUCAUUUCACGCAGUGAAGCAGUGGGAGAAGGCACUCGUCGCGCUGUCCUGGAUGAAGAAGGCUGGCGAGUCCUCCAUGACAACAGGAAUGGGGGAGUUGUUGGAGAUGUGCCAACAGUCUGGGCAGUGGGAGGCAGCAGUAAAUAUUGGUGGCGUCCUCUUGGAGAAACAUGAAGGCAUGCCAUCCCGUACACGUCUCGCAUUAUUGUCUGCGUGCGCCGAUGGCGCGGCUUGGCAAUGUUCCAUUCGAGUUCUGGGGGAGUACCUUAACGACUCGACAUCUAUGCCCCAUCCCCUUUUAGUGUGUGCAACUCUGCAGGCCUGCGUCUCGGCCCAGCGCUGGGAAGAGGCCUUGUUUGUUUUCUUUAAAGCCCGCGAGGAGGAGCCGAGACUUAUUUUACCACCAUUAGCACACCGUUUGGUUUUGAAGGCUUGUGUAGGUUCGGGGCGCUGGUUGGAAAGUAUGUGUUUGUUGGAACAAAUGGAGCCCCGUGGCGCCCCAAAGGACAACCACACCCAUCGUUUGGGGUUGUGGGCGGCGGCGUUGUCGGGGAAUUGGCAACUCUCUUUAUAUCAACUGCACCGCAUUCCAAGGGCCAACCGUACAGCUCAAGAUCAGCUGAUCGUGCGUAGUUCCAUUCAAAAUGUUAGCGCAGUGGCAAGAGCCAUCACACUCAGGCAUCUUCAGCCCCACUUGUCAUAA